AUGGCGACGGCAGCAGCGACGCCUCGCCAUGGCGGCCUCCCGGAAGAGAUCGUGAUAUGGGAGAUCCUCGUCCGCCUCCCCCAAAAAUCCCUCCUCCGCUGCCGCGCCGUCUGCCGCGCCUGGCGCAGCGCCACCUCCGCCCGCGACUUCCUCGCCGCCCACCACGACCGUCAGCCCAACCUCCCCAUCGUCUUCCAGGUAUACCGCGGCGGCCAAAGCUUACUCGCCUUGGACAACCGGGGCGCCGCCGCCCCCCAGCUCCAACCCGUCGCUCGGCUUGACGACCACUCCAGUCUGGAAGCCUCCUGUGACGGUCUACUCCUCCUCGCCGACUAUGGCAGGGGUGUUUCAACCUUCUCUGUGUGCAACCCAGCCACUCGUCAGUUUGCUCGCUUGCCGAUGCUUUCCGGCUUCGUGUCUCUGGGGAUGUAUCGGCACGGCCCGACCGGCGAGUACCGAAUACUCGUGUGCCCAGUCGUUCCUUGCAGCGAUGGCCUGUUUGCUGGCAUGUUUGAAAUGGACGGCAUCCUCGGCAUGGCUUGCUCUAAUGAUGAAGGCAAAAUCAUUGGCAUCUGGAUGAUGCAGGACUACGAAAGCGAGGUCUGGACCUUAAAAUACCGUUUUGAAUUGCCGUUUGAGGAGAUCAAGAUGCAGUGUGACAUGAGGCAGGUUAGGGUGAAGCGUGGCGAUAUGUUGAUUGUGGUUGUGCCCGGCGGCGAUGGUGAGUUGCUUGUGCUAUCACGAUUUGACGAUGUGCUGUUCCAGAUUAACAUGGAUGGCAAGUUGGUUGAAAGUUUCCACCGUGAAGGCCUCUGUCUUACUCAACUUCAGCUCAAACAAACUCUUGCUCUGCAUACAUUCCUUCCGGCGCUAGAGGGUUAUGUUGUGAAUGCUCCACCUUUCAGCUGA